AUGUCCAUCUCCAACGAGGCUCUGCAGAAGCUAGCCCAGGAGAUUGGAAACCAGGCGGCACAGUCCCAGCAGCAAAUCGGCGUCGUCAGGUCUCAGAUCAACUUCAAGACCAUCGAGAUGCGCAAGCUGGCCUUGACCUCCAAGGAACUCGAUGAGCUGCCCUCUGAUACCCCAACAUACGAAGGGGUGGGCAAGAUGUUCGUCUUCAGUCCCACCGCCGAUAUCAACAGCCGCCUGAAGACCGAAACCAAAACCCUCUCGUCUGACGUCGAGAAUCUAAACAAGAGGCUGCAUUACCUGGAAACGACUUUCAAAAAUAGUCAGGCGCACAUGGACCAGAUCCUCAAGAGCGGGGGACGCGCAUGA